AGCGAGGGUGGCGGAAUGGAGAGAUGGAGUUAACAGUUUUGGAAGUCCCUAUGGGUUAUAUUGAAAGUUAACAAGGCUCCAGGUUCCAGGUUGAGCACAAUGACCGCCUCCUCCUGGGCAGCUGGCCCCGGGGCAAGCGCGGAGGAGCUCGUCCUCUGGCCGCCUUGGGAGAACCCACCUUCCCCGGGCGCAGAGACCGGCUGGAGCCGCGUGCACGCGGGUCCCCGCGUCCCGCCGAGCGCCGGCCGCUUAUAGCUCCCUCCGACUGAGCCAAUAAGGGGGUGCCCCUCGCGGCCCUCGGGGGGGGCCCUCCCACUCUUCCCAACUUUCCUGGCCCUAGGGCCGGAGGAGGGCGCCUCUCCCGGCGGGGACGCGCUCGGUACUUAAAGGCGGCUCCGUGGGGCCGGCGCUCGUCAGUCGGAGCGCGCGGCGGCGGCGGCGGUGCACCGGGGCGAGAGAGGCGCGGCGAGGCGCGGCGGCGGAAAGGAGCGGGAGGAGGGGCAUGGAGCCGCCGCGGGCCUGCUGAGCACCGGAGCGCGGGCAGCCGGCGGCACGAUGCCGGUGCAGCUAACGACAGCCCUGCGUGUGGUGGGCACCAGCCUGUUUGCCCUGGCGGUGCUGGGCGGCAUCCUGGCAGCUUAUGUGACAGGCUACCAGUUCAUUCACACGGAAAAGCACUACCUGUCUUUCGGCCUGUAUGGGGCCAUCCUGGGCCUGCAUCUGCUCAUCCAGAGCCUGUUCGCCUUCCUGGAGCACCGGCGGAUGCGGCGGGCUGGCCGGCCGCUCAAACUCCCGGUGCCGUCGCGGUCGCGGCGCUCGGUGGCACUCUGCAUCGCCGCCUACCAGGAGGACCCUGACUACCUGCGCAAGUGCCUGCGCUCAGCCCAGCGCAUCGCCUUCGCUGACCUCAAGGUGGUUAUGGUGGUGGAUGGCAAUCGCCAGGAGGAUGCCUACAUGCUGGACAUCUUCCACGAGGUGCUAGGGGGCACUGAGCAAGCUGGUUUCUUCGUGUGGCGCAGCAACUUUCAUGAGGCGGGGGAUGGGGAGACAGAGGCCAGCCUGCAGGAGGGCAUGGACCGCGUGCGGGAUGUGGUGCGAGGCAGCACCUUUUCGUGCAUCAUGCAGAAAUGGGGAGGCAAGCGAGAGGUCAUGUACACGGCUUUCAAGGCUCUUGGCGAUUCAGUGGACUACAUCCAGGUGUGCGACUCUGACACCGUGCUGGAUCCGGCCUGCACCAUCGAGAUGCUUCGAGUCCUGGAGGAGGACCCCCAAGUAGGGGGAGUUGGAGGAGAUGUCCAAAUCCUCAACAAGUAUGACUCGUGGAUCUCCUUCCUGAGCAGUGUGCGGUACUGGAUGGCCUUCAAUGUGGAGCGGGCCUGCCAGUCCUACUUUGGCUGUGUGCAAUGCAUUAGUGGGCCUCUGGGCAUGUACCGCAACAGCCUCCUCCAGCAAUUCUUGGAGGACUGGUACCAUCAGAAGUUCCUAGGCAGCAAGUGCAGCUUUGGAGAUGACCGCCACCUCACCAACCGGGUCCUGAGCCUCGGCUACCGGACUAAGUAUACAGCACGCUCCAAGUGCCUCACAGAGACGCCCACCAAGUACCUCCGGUGGCUCAACCAGCAGACACGCUGGAGCAAGUCCUACUUCCGGGAGUGGCUCUACAACUCGCUAUGGUUCCAUAAGCACCACCUCUGGAUGACCUACGAAUCAGUGGUCACAGGUUUCUUCCCCUUCUUCCUCAUUGCCACGGUAAUACAGCUUUUCUACCGAGGCCGCAUCUGGAAUAUUCUCCUCUUCCUGCUGACAGUGCAGCUGGUGGGCAUUAUCAAGGCUACCUAUGCCUGCUUCCUUCGGGGCAACGCAGAAAUGAUCUUCAUGUCCCUCUAUUCCCUUCUCUAUAUGUCCAGCCUCCUGCCAGCCAAGAUCUUUGCCAUUGCUACCAUCAACAAGUCUGGCUGGGGCACUUCUGGCCGAAAAACCAUCGUGGUGAACUUCAUUGGCCUCAUCCCUGUGUCCAUCUGGGUGGCAGUCCUUCUAGGGGGGCUGGCCUAUACAGCUUAUUGCCAGGAUCUGUUCAGUGAGACAGAGCUAGCCUUCCUGGUUUCUGGGGCCAUCCUGUACGGCUGCUACUGGGUGGCCCUCCUCAUGUUGUAUCUGGCCAUAAUUGCCCGGCGAUGUGGGAAGAAGCCAGAGCAGUAUAGCUUAGCUUUUGCUGAGGUGUGACACAGCCCCCCAAGCAGAGUGGGAAAAGUGCAAUGGGUAAGGGAGGGAAGGGGAAUGGAAGAGAAAAGAUGGGGUGGGAGGGAGGAGGGUGUGCUGUUUUCGUGUAUUAAUGGUCCAAAGGCCAAGUCUGCAGUGCAAAGAACGGUGACUGUACUAUAUGGUCUGGGGCAGUUCUGCUUACAGGAGACCCCACCAUUCCAGCUCAGGGGCCACAGACUUGUUUUCACACCAUCCAUCUGCUUGCCUCUGCAAUGCGUGGUGGCCUCUGGGAAAGAUUCCAUCUCCUUCCCCAGGAUCCAAAGGGAACCCAGAAGUGUGCUAAACCAUUUAGUUCCCAUCAGUGGCAACUUCUGAUAGGUAAGUGACAGCCUGUGGCAAAGGGUUCUCCCACACAAUCUGAACACAACUAGCGGUGGUGGGAGAACUCCUGAGAUCUGGACCAGCUAGUAACGUGUCCCCACCCCCAUCCCCACAUCUAGCUAUCAAUGCAAUAAGAUUGUGCCUAAGAUACAAGGCCCAGAAGCCUGAUCUUUGAGCAUCAGAAAACAGGGUCCAGGAAUGGUGCUUUAUUAUGGGACAUACUCCAUUCCACAUCUCCACAUCCCAAGGAUGAGCUAGACUAGCAGGGAGCUGGCACUGAAUUGUUUUUGAGUGUGUGUAUGUAUCUGUGUUAGAAACUAAAGUCAGCCAGGAGGAACAAAGAUGGUGGUGGUGCUAAAGGCCAGGGCCUGUAAGGAGGUCUUGGGCCGAGUGGGUCUCACCUAGAAACUGCCUGACAUCUAGAUGAGCUUGUCUGAUCUCUGCUGGGGAGAGGAAAUGUUUUAGUUAUCUCCCAGGAAGGUGAAACCCCAACAUGCUCAGAAAGGAAGUGAGGGCUCAGGAAUUUCACCCUGAAUACUUCUGAAUUCCUCUCUCAAACUCCAAUGAGUCUAAGAGAGUUUCCUCCCUUUGCUUUCUUCGAGGUGAUGCAGUCACCUCUUCCAUCUUUCUCAUUGGUUAAGUUUUUCAAGAUGGUAACUGAGGCAGAGCCUGGGUCUCACAGGCCCCUCUGCCACAGGCACCCCUACCCUCAGCAGGUGGGGGAAAAAACCGAUUAGGAGCCUUUGACCAAAUUAACUACAAUCUUGAAACUGCUUGGACAGAUUCCUUAGCAGCUGGCUAAGCGUGCAUGACUUCAAGGCUACAGUUCUUGACAAUCAUCUCCAGGGAAAGCUUUUCAGUAUUCCCUAAGUGAAGCCUCAAAUCCAAGCUGGUCAUCUUUGAGACUGUGCAUUAUCCUCAGUGGCUUCUCCAGGGAAUCCUUAGAGCCAAGUCAUUAUUGCACUUGCUUGCUUUUUCCCGGAAACCAAACUCAGAGAUGCAAUUGGUUCCCAAAUCCUAAGGUUCUUCCUUUCUCUCUCAUGCCCCUUGAGGCUUUGAUUUUCUGCUUUUUGGGGGGGCAAGAGGGAAGGCAUUUUCUAGAGCUUUGCAAUCCACAGACUAUUCUCAGCUCUUGGGUUUGAAACCUGGGAUCGCGACUAAGCCUUUGACUUAGUGGAUAUUGGCUUGCAUGCGUGCCUGCUUGCCCUCUCCAAAUGUCCAUUCUCAGUAGGGGCUGCUAAGCCCUCAGAACCAGCACUAAGGUAGACAAGGACUUGAGGGGGCAAGCCUCUAGUGUGCCCAGGUGCUUCCUACAAAGGAACAAAGUGUGCUCUGAGCCACAGAUUGGCAAACCCUGGUGCUUUCUUUCAUCUCCCAUGAACACAAGGGUUUUCUGGGUGCGGCCAACACCGCUGCAUCACAUACACCUCGAGCUUCUGGUAAGACUGCUGGGUUGUGUUGGGCCUGACCCGUUAAGGCUGGAAGAGGCAGCAGGCAUUUACUAAAGGCAGUUGUUCCAGGCUCUUCCGUGUUUUUGCUGGCCAAGUAAACUAUUUUGAGCACUACAAUGGAGGAAAUCCGGUCAGCCAACUGCAGAGCUCAGACUUCACUAAGGGCUUGUUUUUCUUCAGCUUUUACUUGAAGGUGAAGGUAGGAUUGACUCCUGCAUGGAAAACUCCACGUUGUCCUACCGGCAGCUCUGCCUUGCACUGUGGUUAUCAACUUUGCUCAAAUCAAGAGUAGGCAGGUACAAGUAGUGGGCUCACAACGUUUGACCUCGACUGGUUUUUCUAAGUUAUUUUGUACCUUUUUCAGCAGCGAAACCAAACUGGGUCUUCAGCUUUAUCCCCAUUUCUUGCAAGGGAAGAGCCUUUAUACAACUGGACACAUUUUGGUUUUUCCUCAUUGAGAAUUUUAACCCUUUUGUAUUCUUUCUACAAUAAUUUGUAAACAUAUUUAUUUUUACUUUUUUUUUUUUUUUUUACUUUUCAGGUCUAAUAUUUUAUACUGCACUUAUUUGUCAAAAUAAAGAUUCUCACAUAAUGCUGGUUAUCUCUGAACUACUUUCUCCUUGUACUUAAACUGGUUUUAUUCCAGUUUCAGAAGAGGUCCUUGGGAUACAAAUAGUUCUGUCAAGAUAGUUGGCAGUGGAACUCAAACAGGGUAAGUAGUCCCAGCUGCCUCUGGACCUGGAGUAUACAGCAGACUCCCCUUGUUGGUAACUGAACCUCCCGUGGCUUAACUUUUUUUAAUUGCUGAGGAUGGGCAAGGUCUCUGGUGAAAUCACUGGCGGAUUAGUGAGUCCUAGCUCAGGUUAAAAGUUGGCACUUGCUUCCUCCUUGAGUGACAGCAUUUUACCUGGCAGAUAACACGGAACUGUGGCCAAGCUGAAACAAUGAAAAGCAGAAAAUAUUCUUUCCUGUGGGAAUAGGUAACGAAAUGGAGUGACAUCGGCAGCCCUGUCAUCCCAUUUAUUAAAGAAACGGUAAGAAAAGAUACAAGCAGGAAAAACACCAACCAUCCUUUCACGUCAGGCUGAACGAAGCACAGUGAUUUCUCCCCUUUCUCCCCCCACCCCCCCACCCCAAUUCCCAUCCAUAUCAGUUUAAAUUUUGAGGUUCUUUGAUCAGAGUACUAGUGGAGAGGAGUUAGAUGAGCGGUGGAGCCUUGACUCUGGCCUCCUCUAAGUCCCAGGAGAAGGAAGCUGCAGGCCCAGUCAAUCAAGCAGACAUU